GACGUCAGACAGAGUAGUGAGAAGCCCACAUAAGCGUUCUGUUUAGCAAACAACUACUCGUGGUCUUGCUUCGUGACGUCAUCAUGGGCGACGGAAACUGAAGCCAUACUGCUGCCUGCUACUGGGCAGGACAAGAGAGCAAAGGUCAAAAGACUUCUGUAGCGGAGCUUCGCAGCUGGACCCUUCUCGGAAAGUUUGCUUUCAAGUGAGGCAGUAAUACGAAAAAAAAAUAGAAAGAAUCACCGAGAGACAGAGGAGGAAAAGAAAAAGCUGCUUUUUAUUGUAAUGUCCAGAUGGAUGUGAAAGAGGAGACAUGUGACGCUGACUCAAUCGUGGAGAAAAAGACCAUAAAUAUUGAGAAGGAGGACUAUGAGUGGGAGUCUGCUCACCCCAAGCAGGAGAGUCUGAGCAUUAAGGAGGAGGACUGUGAAUUGGGGUCAGUGGUCAUUAAAGAAGAGGCCAUCGAGAAGUCUGUCAGUGUUCAGAUGCAGGAACAUAAAGGUUUGGAGAGUGUUGAAAAAGAGGUCCUUUAUUACAGGUGUCAGAAUGGAGAGGUAACCGGACUAAUCUCUUCUCAAAGCAGACACUGUUCAUCUCCGGAGCCUUCUAUCAAUGUGAAGUCUGAAGAUUUGUCAUCUGGUAGAACUCGGAAAGAUCAGCCAACAUCUGCAAAUAAAUCUGGAGAAAGAAAGAAAUAUCACUGCUGUUUGCAAUGUGGCAAACAAUUCGUUGACAGGAGUCAUCUUCAGAGACAUACUAGAAUUCACACUGGAGAGAAGCCAUAUUGCUGUACUGAAUGUGGUAAACAAUUCUCUGACAGGAGUACCCUUCAGGGUCACACAAGAAUUCACACAGGAGUGAAGCCAUAUUGCUGUAAUGAUUGUGGCAAACGAUUCUCACAAACGAGCGAUCUUCAGAAACACAGUAGGAUUCACUCUGGGGAAAAGCCAUAUUCUUGUAAUGAAUGUGGGAAACAGUUUUCACGGAUAAGUUAUCUUCAGAGCCACAAACGAAUUCACACAGGAGAAAAGCCGUAUUGCUGUAAUGAAUGCGGUAAACGAUUCUCACAAAUUGGCAAUUUUAAGACACACGCUAGAAUUCACACUGGAGAGAAGCCAUAUUGUUGUUCUGAUUGCGGCAAACAAUUCUUCAAUAAAUCAAACCUUCAGGUUCACAGAAGAAUUCACACAGGAGAGAGGCCAUUUUUUUGUUCUGAAUGUGGCAAACAGUUUUCACACAUGAGCACUCUUCAGACCCACUCAAGAAUUCACACUGGAGACAAGCCAUAUUGCUGUUUAGAAUGUGGAAAAGGAUUCAUCAGCAUUGGCAGUCUUCAGGUCCACAGAAGUACUCACACUGGAGAGAAGCCAUAUUGCUCCGAGUGUGGCAAACAAUUUGCCAGUAAGUCAAAUCUUCAAGUCCACAGAAGAAUUCACACGGGAGAGAAGCCGUAUUAUUGUUUUAAAUGUGGUGAAAGCUUUUCUUAUAAGAGGUCACUUAAUACCCACACAAUGAUUCAUACUGGAUAGCACUGCAAAAUAACUCUAAAAGAAAAGGACUCAAGAGUGAGGUUCACUCCUAUCCUGAAUAUAAGCAAAGCAAGCUAUUGUUUAAAAAUGAAUACCAAGAGAAGCCAUAUUGCUAUUUCAAAUGUGUGAUUUUUUUUAGAGUAAUACAGGAAUUCACACAAGAGUCACUCCUGUCCUAAAAGUAAGCAAAUUAAACCAUUGUUGAGAAAUGAACACCAGAGAGAAGUACAACUGAACAGCAAUAACUAAAUAUUAAAGUUCACUUCUGUUUCGGUAGUAAGCACACACAGAAAGUGUCGAGAGAAUCCAUAUUGAAGUUCUGAAUAUGGUAGAUGAUUCUCAAAAACUAGCACACAAAAGAAAUCCUACUAUGUAGCACCUCCAGAAGUGCUGAGGAGUACCUUACAGGGGGAAGAAGGAGGAAGAAGUCAACAUUCACCCACCUAAACUGCUCAAGUCUUUGAAUACCUUAAUAUGGUGGGCUUAGUUGGAUAAGAUCUAUACUGGGGUCUCGGUCUUUUGUCAUGGCAUACCACCCCCAAGAAUUUAAAUGUUCCAGAGUAGCAGUAUUAAAGUACAGAACUGUUUUUCGGUAAAAACAAAAGGCAACCUUUCCCAUACUAUCAUAUUGGAGAGUUUUAACAACGUAUCACAGACAGCAUUUGUGUCAUUACCUUU